AAAUUGAUAAUAGUGUUAUAGUAACUGUUAUUCAAGAAUUAAGUACUGCUCAGAAAAAAUAUUCUAGUAGCUUUUCAGAAAAAUCUUCUAACAAAAAAGCAAAAAAAGUUAGUGAAAAGGUCUCAAAAGAAUUAUUAACUGAUAUUCUCAUUGUUGAUAGAAGCUUAGAAGAAAAAAGUUAUACAACUGAUACUAGAG